UAUUUGGGCAGAGGUGGUUUAACCUCUAAGUUGCUCUCUACAUCCUAGCGGUUCACGCAGCGCAUUUUCUAGCGUGUUCGCAAGUUUGCAUUAUUUGUUUUAGUAAUUUAAAAUUAUAAUUUCGACCAUAGUCCCAGCUGUUUGUCAAGCGACGAUGGGGUCACUCACACUAACCGUUCUUAUACUCGCUUUAUUGACCACAAGUAACCAAGAAGUAUCAAAUACCUAUUAUUUCCCCAACUAUUACUGUAAUCCAUCACUCUGCCAAAAUGGUGGUCCUCACGUCGCAUGUUAUCCACCAUAUACUUUCGGUAUCAGUUGCAAUGAUAAGCAACCACAAUUAGUAGUUAUGACCACUGAUCUCAAGGCAAAAAUCUUAGACCAACAUAAUAAACAACGAGCUCAACUGGCUAGUGGAAAACUGCCUGGAUAUGCUCCAGCCGCAAAUAUGCCGACACUUCAGUGGGAUUUGGAAUUGCAAUAUUUGGCAGAAGCAAAUAUAAGAUCAUGUGAAUAUGGUCACGAUAAAUGUCGUAACACGUAUUGGAGCAAAUACGUGGGACAAAAUAUUGCCAUCUUGCGACACUUUGGAUUAGAAAUUUCCAAGCCAGAAUCGAUCAAAUAUUUUAUAGAUGCAUGGUUCAACGAAUAUGUAUACGCUUAUCCUUACGUAGAAAGUUAUCCAAAAUAUUACUAUGGG